AUGAACGACGAUCCCGGAAACGUCAAGGUCGUGGUGCGAUGCAGAGCCUUUGUGCCGAGAGAGAAGGAGAAGGGCACACAAUGUUUGAUCCGCAUGGACCCAGCGACGCAAAAGACGACUCUCUAUGCGCCCGAAGAGGGCCAGAACAACGGACGCCGCGUCCUUGACGACAAGGAAUUCACAUUCGACCGCUCGUACUGGUCUCACGACGAGAGCGACCCACAUUAUGCCCAUCAAGAAGACGUCUAUCGCUCUUUCGGCGAGGAGUUCCUCGACCACAACUUCUCCGGAUACCACACAUGUAUAUUCGCAUACGGCCAGACAGGGUCGGGCAAGAGUUACACCAUGAUGGGCACACCAGACAAUCCAGGCCUGAUUCCACGAACUUGCGAGGAGCUGUUCGACCGAAUCGCGCAUGAACCGUCGCCCAACACAAACUACCACGUCCAGGUCUCCUACUUUGAAGUCUACAACGAGCACGUGCGCGAUCUUCUCGCUCCAAAGACGACUCCACCCAUCUAUCUCAAGAUUCGCGAGAGCCAAAAGGAUGGUGUCUAUGUCCAGGGUCUGACUGAGGCUGAAGUCAAGAGCUAUGCCGAUGUUGCGCGCUUGAUGAAGAUUGGCGAUACGAGCCGAACGGUUGCCUCUACCAAGAUGAACGACACCUCGUCACGAUCCCACGCCGUCUUCACGAUCCGCCUCAAGCAGAUCACCCACUCACUGCUCUCUGACGAGACCAUCGAACGUACAGCACGUAUGCGCCUUGUCGAUCUCGCUGGUUCCGAACGAGCCAAGUCGACAGAAGCCACAGGAGCGCGUCUGAAGGAGGGAGCGCAGAUCAACAAGUCGCUCACUACACUUGGUCGCGUCAUCGCUGCUCUGGCAGACCCGCGAAGACAUGGUGCCAAGGGAAGACGGCCACGGGAGGUUGUGCCAUACCGUGAUUCAGUCUUGACCUGGCUGUUGAAAGACUCUCUGGGUGGUAACAGUAAGACAGCCAUGGUUGCCUGCAUUGCCCCAGCCGACUAUGACGAGACUCUUAGUACGCUCCGUUAUGCCGACCAAGCAAAGCGCAUCCGCACACGUGCCUUGGUCAACCAGGACUGCAUGUCGGCUGCUCAGCGAGACGCCCAGAUUGCAGAGAUGUCAGAACAAAUCCGCAGUCUACAAGUCUGCGUCAAUGCAGCCAGCCAGCGUAAGAGGGAAGAAGCCACAGAGCUGGACGAGUACCAGAGGCAGGUGGCACUCAUGCAGCGUCUCAUGGAGGAGAACCGUCAUACUUCUGCUGCAAAGAUCAAGGCCCUCACGUGCGAAGUCGAAGAACUCCGUCCACUCAACGUAGCCCUACGCGCAGAGAUUGAUUCAUUGCGCCGCCAUCUCCAGCUUGCUUUAGGGGAGCUCAAGAACCCUAUCGUCCUCCCCCCACCGCGAGAGCUUGGUACACCAGACUUCGACAAGGAGGAAUGGUUGGGCGAAGGGGACGGUGAAGAGAAGGCAGUCUCUGAUGAUGAGGCCAGCGAUGGUGACUCGGAUUCUGGCUACGACGAGGGUGACCACGACGAAUUGGCGCAGGAGUUACACAACGAGGCGGAAGCAUUCCUUCAGGAUCUGGCCAUGUUCCGCAAGAAGGUUGGCAGCGACAACGAUCGCUUUGGUCUUCGCGAAACACUUGCUGAGCUCAUUGGAGGACAUUGA